AUGGUCGUAUCCGUGGUCAGGUCCGUGGUUGUGUCCGUCUCCGUGCUCGUGGGUGUGUCUGUGGUUUUGUCUGUGGUUAUGUCUGUGUCCAUCUCCGUGGUUGUGUCCGUGGUCGUGUCCGUCCGUGUCAGAGCUGUAGUGAACCAUAACAUCAGGACACCUCCGUAUCAAAGGAAGAGCCCGGAUUUAUGGAGCCGUCUGGAGGAAGGGCCCGGGCCAUGCAUCAGUCUGACAGCGGGGGGUGGGGGCAGAGCUGCGGAGGCUGUGAGUGCCGAGGCUGGCCACUGGGGGGCAGUGUUGUACAGGGGGAAUGCAGCUGAGAAUAAUGGGGGAGAGCGAGGAGGGCAGAGGGAGGAAGGACGAGUGAGAGGGCAGAGGGAGGAGGCAGAGAGGAGGGAGAGAGAGAAGACAGAGAGAGGAGGCAGAGAGGAGGGAGAGAGAGAAGACAGAGAGAGGAGGCAGAAAGAGGAGGCAGAGAGAGGAGGCAGAGAGAGGAGGCAGAGGGAGGAGGCAGAGAGAGGAGGCAGAGUGAGGAGGCAGAGGGAGGAGGCAGAGAGAGGAGGCAGAGAGAGGAGGCAGAGGGAGGAGGCAGAGAGAGGAGGCAGAGUGAGGAGGCAGAGGGAGGAGGCAGAGGGAGGAGGCAGAGAGAGGAGGCAGAGAGGAGGGAGAGAGAGAAGACAGAGAGAGGAGGCAGAAAGAGGAGGCAGAGAGAGGAGGCAGAGAGAGGAGGCAGAGGGAGGAGGCAGAGAGAGGAGGCAGAGUGAGGAGGCAGAGGGAGGAGGCAGAGAGAGGAGGCAGAGAGAGGAGGCAGAGGGAGGAGGCAGAGAGAGGAGGCAGAGAGAGGAGGCAGAGGGAGGAGGCAGAGGGAGGAGGCAGAGAGAGGAGGCAGAGAGGAGGGAGAGAGAGAAGACAGAGAGAGGAGGCAGAGAGAGGAGGCAGAGGGAGGAGGCAGAGAGAGGAGGCAGAGGGAGGAGGCAGAGGGAGGAGGCAGAGAGAGGAGGCAGAGAGAAGGGAGAGAGAGAAGACAGAGAGAGGAGGCAGAGAGAGGAGGCAGAGAGAGGAGGCAGAGGGAGGAGGCAGAGGAAGAAGGCAGAGAGAGGAGGCAGAGAGAGGAGGCAGAGGGAGGAGGCAGAGAGAGGAGGCAGAGAGAGGAGGCAGAGGGAGGAGGCAGAGGGAGGAGGCAGAGGGAGGAGGCAGAGAGAGGAGGCAGAGAGGAGGGAGAGAGAGAAGACAGAGAGAGGAGGCAGAAAGAGGAGGCAGAGGGAGGAGGCAGAGAGAGGAGGCAGAGGGAGGAGGCAGAGGGAGGAGGCAGAGAGAGGAGGCAGAGAGAGGAGGCAGAGGGAGGAGGCAGAGAGAGGAGGCAGAGAGAGGAGGCAGAGGGAGGAGGCAGAGAGAGGAGGCAGAGAGAGGAGGCAGAGAGGAGGGAGAGAGAGAAGACAGAGAGAGGAGGCAGAAAGAGGAGGCAGAGGGAGGAGGCAGAGAGAGGAGGCAGAGGGAGGAGGCAGAGGGAGGAGGCAGAGAGAGGAGGCAGAGAGAGGAGGCAGAGGGAGGAGGCAGAGAGAGGAGGCAGAGGGAGGAGGCAGAGGAGGAGGCAGAGGGAGGAGGCAGAGAGAGGGAGGCAGAGAGGAGGAGGCAGAGAGAGGAGGCAGAGAGAGGAGGCAGAGGGAGGAGGCAGAGGGAGGAGGCAGAGAGAGGAGGCAGAGAGAGGAGGCAGAGAGGAGGGAGAGAGAGAAGACAGAGAGAGGAGGCAGAGAGAGGAGGCAGAGGGAGGAGGCAGAGAGAGGAGGCAGAGGGAGGAGGCAGAGGGAGGAGGCAGAGGGAGGAGGCAGAGGAAGAAGGCAAAGAGAGAAGGAUAGAGAGAGGAAGCAGAGGGAGGAGGUGGAGAGAAGGAAGAGAGAGGAUGGAGGGAGGAGACAGAGAGAGAAGACAGAGAGAGAAGGGUAA